AGCAAAACUCCACUCCAACAUGAAGGAUCCAUUGACAAAUUGCUCGUACAAUAAAGUAUACCAGGAGCUUAAGGAAGUUUCUCAAAAUGGAGAGAAUUUCUGCAAGCAGCUCACAUCCAUCCUUCAACAAAGGGCUAACCUAGAGAUUAGUUAUGCCAAAGGACUUCAGAAACUGGCAAGCAAGCUCACCAAAGCACUACAAAGCACCAAGAAAAAUUGUAUUUGUGGUGCCUGGGCCUUUGCGUCUGAGAGCAUGAAAUCGGCUGCUGACUUGCAUCAAAAACUUGGAAAAGCAAUUCAAUCAGAAGCAAUAAAACCAACUCAUCAAGUCUUGAGUGCACAAGAGAAGAAGAAAAGAACACUGGAUAAUGAAGUUGAAAAGAUGGCAAAUCUGGUCAUGAACAACUGGAAUCAGCAAAUUAAGGCCAAGAAGAAAUUAAUGGUGGAAACCAAGAAGCAUGAAGCUCUUUUCCAUUCCGUAGAAAGGGCCAAGCAAUCAGUGACUGAGAAGGAGAAGCAGAAGCUGCUUGGUAAACUGAAAAAAUCAACAGAGAAGCUGACAAAGGAAGAUGAAAGCUAUUACCAAAAAAAUAUUGCUGGUUAUACAACCAGACUCAAAUGGGAAGCCACUUUACAAAACUGCUAUCAGAACGUCCUAGACUUAGAGAAGGAAAGAAUCCAACUGCUGUGUAAUAUCCUAAACCAGUACAAUCAACAUGUUUCCAUUUUUGGACAAACUUUGACCACUGGUCACACUCAACUCCACUGUGCCAUCAGCAAGAUUGAUGUUGAAAAAGACAUUAGGACUUUAAUGGAAGAAACUUCCAUUUCAACUACAGAGGAAAAAUCUGAAUUCUUAUUAACUGAUUACUUUGAAGAAGAUCCCACAAAUGGAAUGGAUAAAGAGAGACGAAAGUCUUCAAUAAAAUCAAAAUUGUCAAGACUGCAGGAAGAUAUUGAAAAAGCCUCAAGAGACAAAGAAGGUUUGGAACGAAUGAUCAAUGUGUACACAGCAAAUCCCUCCUUCACUGAUGCAAAGACUAAGAAAGAAACGACAGUACUAGUGGAUGAGACCAACCUGAAACUAGACCUUCUGCAAGCCAAUUUCUUCAAAUUGUCAUCUGUAUUGGCUGAUCUUGAGCAGAGACCUAAACCAACACAUCCAUGCAGCUCUUGUAUCUCCAAGUGGAAGGAGAAGGACCAGACACACAGUUCAGUAAAAAUAUCACGUCCUUUUAUGACUAAGAGAUUAGAAAAUGCUGUGAGAACAUCUUCCAGUGGACUGUUGAAUAAUCCAGGAUCUGUACCUUUAGCUUCAGGAAUCACCAGUCUUGGCAAUGGUACAUGCAAAGCCUUAUAUCAAUUUCAAGCCAGAGGAGAUGAUGAAUUAAAUCUGGAAAAAGGAGACAUCGUGACUAUAUAUGAGAAGCAAAAUGAAGGCUGGUGGUUUGGGUCCUUAAAAGGAAAAAAGGGCCAUUUUCCUUCUGCAUACGUGGAAGAGCUACCUUCAAACAAUGGGGAAGUGUCUUCCAAGGCAUAAGAUACAAACUUGAUUGUGGCCCUCCAUACAUUUAACUAAUAGAAGUUCUCUUUCAGAAAUGGACAACUCUUCAGGCCUUCACAGUGCUUUGCAAUUUUGAUUAUUUUUCUUGGAACAAUAAUAACCACACUAAAAAAUAGGGCAAUGGGAAUGUUAGAAUGUCAGGACUUGACUUUGGAUAGCAUCUAAUCCAAACCCCUCAUUCUGCAAAAAAAUUAAGUGACUUGCCUGUGGUUUCAGAGCUAUUGAUUCUAGUAUCAGAGGCAGAACUUAUUGCCCUAGGCCUGGGGCAUUAGGACAAAGAGAGGCAAAGAGACAGAGGGAAUUAUAUAAAUAGAUUCACAGAUUGAGAGCUGGAAGGGACAUUAGUUC